GGGUCACUAUGAAAGUAAGGGACUACUUCACUCGUGGAAAACAUUUGCUUUUUUAUUGCCUUUUUGUAGAGUUUGUUUUUCGUUUUAGUCACGUUACGCAAGAUGUGGCAGAACACAAGAAGCAGGCAAAAAAACCUUUAAACAGCAGCUGCGCGUGACGUCAGACGCUGAAAAGGUCACAACGCACUUUGAAAAUCCACAGGUGGAUGAAAUUAUACCUUAAUUGCGAGUGGACCCGGUUUAGAGGAACCACUGCGAUGAAAAGUUUGUCGAGCAACAUCGUGGUGCUGCUUGUCUUUGUCAAGUACAAGGAGCUCCGUACUGCGACCAACUUCAUCAUAAUCAAUCUGGCUUUUACUGACGUUGGAGUGGCUGGAAUCGGCUACCCUAUGUCAGCUGCUUCAGACCUUCACGGCAGUUGGAAGUUUGGCUACACGGGUUGUCAGAUCUAUGCGGCUCUGAACAUUUUCUUUGGCAUGGCCAGUAUAGGCCUACUGACUGUGGUGGCCAUAGACCGCUUCCUCACCAUCUGCAGAGCAGACAUAAGACAGAAAAUUACAAUGCAAUCGUACAACCUUCUAAUCCUGGCAGCGUGGCUUAAUGCAGUUUUCUGGUCACUGAUGCCUGUUGUGGGCUGGGCUGGAUAUGCGCCUGAUCCCACUGGAGCCACGUGCACCAUCAACUGGAGAAAGAAUGACGCCUCAUUCAUCUCGUACACCAUGGCUGUGAUUGCUGUGAACUUUGUUUUGCCACUGUCUGUCAUGUUUUACUGCUACUACAACGUGUCGGUCACCAUGAGAAGACACCAAGCCGACAGCCACAGCAUUACUGCUCUGGACUGGUCAGACCAGAAGGAUGUCACCAAGAUGUCCAUUUUGAUGAUUGUCAUGUUCCUGGUGGCCUGGUCUCCUUACUCCUUUGUUUGCCUGUGGGCGUCAUUUGGUAACCCCAAGAAUAUUCCUGCCGCAAUGGCCAUCAUUGCUCCACUUUUUGCCAAGUCUUCCACGUUUUACAACCCCUGCAUUUAUGUUCUCGCCAACAAAAAAUUCAGAAGAGCCAUCAUAGGCUUAAUCCAAUGUCAAACCAGGCAGCGGAUUACCAUCAGUACCCAGGUUCCCUUGACCACAUCCCGGCAACCUCUUACUUAAUGGAAAUAUUCCCUGUGUCAAUCAUAAACUUGAUUAUUACCAGAUAAAGUUCCAGUGAAUGACAACACUU